AAGAAACUUUUGUUUCGCAAACAAUCGCAAAGCGAACAGCUUAAGUUUUCCUCUUUAAUAAACUGUAGGAGCAAAAAUGGAAACAUUAGCGCUCCUUAAGCGAGCAUUUGCUUUCGAUAACGAAAUCCCAAAAAUAUGUCGUUUGUGCAUGUCGACGGAUGGAGAAAUGGAGCCUUUAGCGUACGACGAAUCGGGCGAUUAUCUUUUACAGAAAAUCUUUGAAUGUACAAGCGUGCAGGUUACGCCGCUAGCAGGAUUCCCAUCGAAUUUGUGUACGAUCUGCGAAUCGCGUCUGGAUGAUCUGUACUUGUUUCGCUGGCAAUGCAUUAAAAACGAUGAGUUGAUCAACCGUUUGUCUGAAGAACUGAACAAAUCCUCCAUACCUCGAGAGAACCAAAAUGAUGCUACGCAGCGAACGAGUGAUUCCGAAGCGGUGACAGGGAAAAAUGAGGACGUCAAUCCCACCACGAAUGAAACAACCGAUGGAGACGAUUUGGACGACAGCUCGGAUUAUGAGUUGUUAGAGGUAAAAUUAGAAGACGAAGACGAAGACCACGAAGAUGGCCAGUCAUAUAUCGUGGUACUAGAGCAGCGGUCACCGUCACCGGAUGAAGAACGCGAUCUUCAACAACAUACCAUCGUAACGGAUUCAUUAGAGCCACCAAAGAGCAGACCGAAAGUAAAUACCAGCGUCCACAGUGUCGUUCAUGACCGACUGUGUCCUUACUGUCCGGCCACGUUCAGGACGGCAUCCAGGCUCAUGUUUCACAUAAAUACGCACACUGGUAAAAAGCCUUACGUGUGUAAAGUGUGCAACAAAGCUUUCCAUUCGGCAAACAACCGGAAGGUGCAUAUGAAGCUUCACGACAAGGACCAACACCACCAGUGCGCACACUGUCCGGCCAGGUUCGCUCAGUUCCAUCAGCUUGAGGUGCAUAUCCGUACCCACACUGGGGAAAGACCUUUUGUGUGCCCGGUUUGCGAAAAGUCGUUCCAUUCAGUCAAGAACAAGAACAAACAUAUGAAAGUUCAUAACAAGGACCAAUAUUACCAGUGUCCCGUGUCCCACUGUCCUGCGAAUUUCGCGCGCUCAUCGCAGUUACAAACUCACAUUAAUACUCAUACCGGUGCGAAGCCCUAUAUGUGUAAAGUUUGUGACAAAAGAUUCCAUUCGUCGCAUAACCUAAGAGUUCACAGGAAAAUUCACAACAGAAACCAGCAGCAUCAUCCACUCCAGCAGUGAGUGAAACCCACAACGGUAUGCUUAAACAAUUAAAGUUGUUGGGAACGGGACUGUUCAACAGCACUUAGACCAACGCAUGGCAUCUGGUAAAGGGUUAAAAAAGGCAUCGCUAAAGAUAACCUACGAAUGUCGGUUUGAAAGAAUCCGAAAAAUCCAUCAUUACGUCGAUACGCGUUUUACGACGAUUAGCGAAGGAUAGGAGUAAGGGAAUGGCGUUAACCAGCAUAGGCAUUUGAUCGAGUAUAAGCGAUAGGCGUAAUGCACUUGCUUGAUGCUACCGUAUGUGUUCUAGGGGAUCGAUAUGGUUCCAUGCGUGGGAUCAAAAUAGAACGCAGCCUAAUCCGUAUUAGAUCAACCCUUUACCAAGAGAUCCAUACCAACGGGGUUCCAGAUGCGAUUAGAACAUAAGAACGAGAAUUCGCGAGAAUUUCGCUCUUUCGCUCUCCUUAGCAGGGGACGAUUAAUUUGGUAUAUAAGGCAUGAAAUUUUAUUAAUAAACCGUCAUUCACGACUAUUCAGUUUGAGAG